CUAUCUGGCUCGCGAGUUUGGCGGGAAAAAGUAGCCGGUCUUUUUUUUUUCGCGCCAAGCGAAGGUUCCGGGAAGGCCGAGCCUGAGCAGGCUGUCCGCGAGCGUGUUGGUGUGGAACCCGUGGCCAUGGCAGCCCCCGCGGCAGCGACGUUGGACGAUGCGGAAUUGCGAGAAGCUCAGAGAGACUACUUGGAUUUCUUGGACGACGAGGAGGAUCGGGGAAUUUACCAAAGUAAAGUCCGUGAAAUGAUUAGUGACAAUCAAUACCGUUUGAUUGUGAAUAUUAAUGACCUCCGACAAAAAAAUGAGAAAAGAGCCAGCCGUCUGCUCAACAGUGCUUUUGAGGAGAUGGUGGCCUUCCAGCGUGCCCUGAAGGACUUUGUUGCUUCCAUUGAUGCCACAUAUUCCAAGCAGUAUGAAGAUUUUUACAUCGGGCUUGAGGGCAGCUUUGGAUCCAAACAUGUCACACCCCGGACGUUGACAUCCCAGUUUCUUAGCUGCAUUGUCUGUGUGGAGGGUAUUGUUACAAAAUGUUCUUUGGUACGCCCUAAAAUAGUCCGCAGUGUGCAUUACUGCCCUGCUACCAAGAAAACUAUUGAGCGCCGGUAUACAGAUAUGACCUCCCUGGAAGCUUUUCCGUCUACAGCUGUUUAUCCCACCAAGGAUGAAGAGAAUAACCCCCUUGAGACAGAAUAUGGCCUGUCUACCUACAAGGACCAUCAAACUAUCACAAUCCAGGAGAUGCCAGAGAAAGCUCCUGCUGGACAGCUCCCUCGUUCUGUGGACAUCAUUUUGGAUGAUGACCUGGUGGAUGCCGUGAAGCCAGGGGACAGAGUGCAGGUCAUUGGAACAUUCCGUUGCCUGCCAGGAAAAAAAGGGGGCUACACGUCAGGGACAUUCAGGACCAUUCUGAUUGCUUGCCAAGUGAAACAAAUGAACAAGGAGGUGCGGCCUGAAUUUUCAUCAAGUGAUAUUAACAAGAUUAAAAAAUUUAGCAAAAACCAUCCAAAGGAUGUCUUUGAUCAGCUUUCAAGGUCUCUGGCUCCUAGUAUCCAUGGACAUGAAUACAUCAAGAAAGCAAUUCUGUGCAUGCUUUUGGGGGGAGUGGAGAAGGUGCUGGAGAACAAAAGUCGCAUCAGAGGGGACAUUAAUAUUCUGCUAAUUGGUGACCCUUCAGUUGCAAAAUCUCAAUUGCUACGUUACGUAUUGUGUACAGCUCCCCGGGCCAUUCCCACUACAGGCAGGGGUUCUUCUGGGGUUGGACUGACUGCAGCUGUCACAACAGAUCAAGAAACGGGAGAGCGUUGCCUGGAAGCGGGUGCCAUGGUCUUGGCUGACCGUGGUGUGGUCUGCAUUGAUGAAUUUGAUAAGAUGUCCGAUAUUGACCGCACAGCUAUUCAUGAGGUCAUGGAGCAAGGCCGUGUUACCAUUGCCAAAGCCGGCAUUCAGGCCCAACUCAACGCUCGCUGCAGUGUUCUAGCAGCUGCCAAUCCAGUGUAUGGCAGGUAUGACCAGUACAAAACCCCCAUGGAGAACAUUGGCCUCCAGGACUCUUUGCUGUCUCGAUUUGAUUUGCUUUUCAUUGUCUUGGAUCAAAUGGAUCCAGAACAGGACAGAGAGAUCUCAGACCAUGUCUUGAGAAUGCACCGCUACAGGGCAGCUGGUGAACAGGAUGGGGAUGCCAUGCCUUUGGGCAGCACUGUCGAGCUGCUGGCCACCGAAGACCCCGCCGGUGCUGCUGAGGAGGAUCAGGAGCUGCAGGUGUAUGAGAAACAUGAUGACCUCCUGCAUGGGCCCAAGAGGCGGAAAGAGAAGAUAGUAAGUGUGGCAUUCAUGAGGAAAUACAUUCAUUUUGCCAAGAUGCUCAAGCCAGUCUUAACUGAAGAGGCAGCUGCCUUCAUAGCACAGGAAUAUUCUUCGCUGCGCAGUCAGGACCAGAUCAGCUCUGACAUUGCAAGGACUUCCCCUAUAACUGCGCGUACCUUGGAGACAUUGAUCCGACUCUCAACUGCACAUGCUAAAGCCAGGAUGAGCAAAAACGUUGACAGACAAGACGCUGAAGCUGCUUUAGAGCUGGUUCAGUUUGCCUACUUCAAAAAGGUUCUGGAAAAAGAGAAGAAGCGGAAGAAGCAGGCUGACGAGGAUACAGACGUGGAAACAGAUGGUGAAAUUCCCCAAGAAAAUGAAAAAAGACAAAAAAAGAGAAGGAAGUCACACGCCGGUGAUCAGGAGGAGCCUAUGGAUGGGGAAGCGUACGAUCCCUACGACUUUAGUGGCACCGAAGAGGAAAUGCCAGAAGUCCAGGCGCACACUCCCAAGCCUUCAGAACCUUCAGGCACUGGGGCGCCUACAUCCACAUUAUCAGAGCCCAGGCUUAAAGCGUUCAAGAGUGCCCUUUUUGAGGUUUUCAAAGCAGCCCAUGCACAGUCCGUGGGUCUGAAAAGUCUGAUGGAGUCCAUCAACCGGGACAAUCCAAGCCCUUUCUCGUCUAAUGAAGUCAAGGCGGCGUUGGAGAAGAUGCAAGACGACAACCAGAUCAUGAUGUCAGAUGACAUAGUUUUCCUGAUUUGAAUUGAUACUUGGAGGUUCCUUUGACUGCUUAGUGUGGUGGCCCCUUCAGCACCUCUGCAGGGAGACCAUCCAAAAAGCCUUAUGUGGCUAAACUUAAGUCCCUCUGAAUCAGAAGUAUUUUGAUGUCAGCUUGGGGGCAUCACGGUGAGAUAUAACCUACUAUCAAGGUUGAGAAAUACAUUGGUGUUUUGUUUUGCCUUUCCCCCCUGUUAUCAAGGAACAUUUUGUUCUUUUGGAAUAGCAAAAAAUCCACUGUUAUAUAAUUUCAUUCGGUAUGUCAUCAGUAAAUUAUGGAGAAAAUGAAAGAAACAAAUUCAGAACUCGCAAAACUAAACUGUCUUAAUUAUAAAAUUUCACAUAAUGCAGCAGUGCAGUUCUACAUUUUUAUAUUUACUCUUUUAACUUUCCUGUGGGUUAAAGCCUACAUUAUAGAUCUGUGUUUUGGUGCACAAAUUUCAUUUAUGAUGAUCAAAAUUAAACAGUCUUUUUAGAGUAUAUUUGCAGCUAGAUUUGAUGCUACAGGUAUUAUGGUCAGAAGCUGCUCAUUAUAUGUCUGUAGCCAUACAUGCCUCCUUAGCAUUUGUAUAUGUCUACAACUUUGCCAUUUUGAACCAUGGCUCUUCAGCAAAGUUUUGUGCAAAUCAAUUUGAUGCUAUAGAAUCUAAAGAAUGGCAAGAUCACUCACUGUUGUGCAGGGUGAGUCAGUUAGGUUUAACUAGGAAAUCUUGUCUCAGUUGUAUUCUGUCUCCUAUUCUGCAUGAAGACUAUAGGGGGAGUGGAGAAGAAGCAUUCGUAAAAAUGCUAAGAGCUCUUCUAAAUGGUAAAUUAACAAAACUUUUAUUUCUACUCAUAUAUACAUUCCACAGUACAGAAUAAAAAUUGUUUUCAACCACAUUGACUGCCGUUAUAAAUCCAAAACUGUGAAUUGUACCUCUGGUCCAGCAGCAUCCAGUCGACAGUUCUUAAGAGAGGGGAGCAGGAGUUUUUAGGAAUUCUUUGGGAGUAGUCCAGGACGGUUUGGGUGGCAUGUAAUAAUACCUUUCAAGAGGUUUUACAGAUUGUAAUCCUCCAGAAUAGUAAUGCAGUCUUUCAGUCAUGAUUGAAAUUCAUCUACAACAUGAUGAAUAACAAACUGUAAAAUGUGAACUUGAGCAGAGUAGUUGCUCUUAUAUCUGGAAAAACGUGAACUGCAGAAUUUGGUAGGUUGAACUAGAAUCAAUUGCAAAGCUUGUAUUUUGCUGCUGUAAGGCAGGGUGGAUCACUUAUGGGCCAUGGCCUACUUAUGGUCCCAGUGCCCCA